AUGAAGUUCUUCGCCACUGCUCUCCUCUUCGCUGCCACCGCCAUGGCCCUCCCCUCCGGCGGCGACUCCAGCGUCGAGUACCCCCUCGCCAAGGACGUCACCUUCGAGCAGGCCAACGCCAAGUGUGGCAAUGACGCCGUCGUCUCCUGCUGCAACAAGAAGAGCACCACUGGCGAUGUCACUACCCUCAACAAGGGUCUUCUUAACGGUGUUCUGGGCAAUGCUCUCAACAGCGUCAGUCUCUUCGACGGCUGCAAUGACCUCAACCUGAACGUUCCCGUCCUGAACUUGGUUCCCGUCAACGCCCAGGACCUUGUCAACAAGAAGUGCCAGCAGAACAUUGCUUGCUGCCAGAACACUCGCUCCGAGGCGAACAACGACCUUGUUGGCGUUGCUCUGCCUUGCGUUGCUCUCUCUAACCUCAUCUAA